CUUGGAAGCCAGGUUGUACAUAUUGACCAAAACCUGGUUAGAAAGUAUUAUAUAAACACACCACCAUUCUCAAUUCCCCUCACUUCACUACUCUUCUCGAUCUCACUUUGCUUCUUAUUAUUAUUAUUAGUCCCCACUAUUCCACUUCUCCAACUAUACCAAACCAAAUUAAAACCUCUUUUAAUUUCCUAAUUUAUUUAACUUGUUCCUUUUAUUUUCUUCAAUUCUUCUUUUCUCAUUUUCAUAUUACUUGUAUUAUUCUUUCUCCACUCGAUCAAAUUAUGCCUGCUGCUGCUGUCAUUUCUGAAUCCAAUACUACUCAUCAAGGAUUUCAUCUUAUGGGCAAAGAUAAUAAUAACGCCCCUUCUAUAAUGUUUCGAAGGUUGGAAGGAAAAGUUGCAAUAGUAACGGGUGGAGCAAGAGGAAUAGGAGAAGCAACGGUUAAACUAUUUGUAAAGCACGGUGCUAAAGUGGUAAUUGCGGACGUAGAAGAUGCACAAGGCAAAGCAUUAGCAGAUUCCCUCCCUCAUUCCACCACCUUCGUCCACUGCGACGUCAGCAACGAAGACGACGUGCGCAACCUUGUAGACACGGCCGUGUCACAGUUUGGAAGACUAGACAUACUCUUUAAUAACGCUGGUGUGUUAGGGUCACAAACAAAGUGUAAUAAAAGCAUACUCAAUUUUGACCCUACUGAGUUUGACCGUAUCAUGUCGGUCAACGUUAAGGGUAUGGCCUUAGGGAUCAAACACGCUGCCCGUGUUAUGAUACCACGGGGUGGCGGUUGUGUUAUUUCAACCUCGAGCGUGGCGGGCUUCAUGGGUGGCAUGGGUCCACACGCCUACACGGCGUCGAAGCAUGCCAUCGUGGGGCUAACAAAGAACACGGCGUGUGAGUUAGGCCGGUACGGGAUUCGAGUUAAUUGUAUAUCUCCCUUUGGAGUAGCCACUUCUAUGCUUAUAAAUGCUUGGAGAAGUGAUGACGAAGACGAAGACGAAGACGAUGAGAUGGAGUUGGGGUUGGGGUUGCCAUGUGAGAAAGAAGUGGAGAAAACGGAGGAGUUUGUGAGAGGAUUAGCAACACUUAAAGGCGCUACUUUGAAAGCCAAGGACAUAGCUGAGGCUGCACUAUAUCUUGCAAGUGAUGAGUCUAGGUAUGUUAGUGGUCAUAAUCUUGUUGUUGAUGGUGGAUUUACUACCUCCAAAAAUUGUGUUGGUUUGUGACUAAUACCGCCAUUAUUUUUUUCCUAGUUUUUCUUUCUUUAUUUUUUUUUUAAGUGUGGGUUCAAUGUUUACACGUGUGAGAAUUGCGUAACUCCUAUGUUCUUUCACAUUUGACAAUUACAUUUAUACUACUUAAGUACAUACUAUUCUGUAAUAACAAUGAAAGAAAGAAAGUACUCCAAUAAAAAAUAAAAAUAAAAUGAAGAAUACACUUAUGAAUAGUUUGAGGAUAAUUAAAAUGACUCUUUGAAUAUGGCUAGAUAUAACGGACGCAUCACGUGUGUUAGCUAGAGGUAAGCAUGGGACGAGUACCCGUACCGUUAGUACUAACGGUU